UGGCACCGAACAGGACUAACAACUUUCCUACCGCAAGUUUAAUUUUAUAACCGAGAGAGUUCAUAAGUUGAAAUAUAUAUGCGUUUCGGAUCUAGAAAUCAGGAUUUGUGAAGCUCAGUAGGAAUGACACCUGAGAUAUGUUUUCUAUUGAGUAAUUUAGGCGUAAAUGUAAAAAUCUGAGUUCCUGAAUUAACUAUCAGGAAUGGCGAGGGGGAUGCGCUCGUCUCUGGAUGUUGAGUACAGUGCGGUGGGAGAGGGGAGAGGGAUGCGGGAGUUCUGGCUCUAUGUGUGGCUGCGCAGACUGGCUGUGGUCGCUGCGCACAUCAUCUCACUCGGCCUGGUCAUUCUCACAUCCAUACUGUCCAGACCAGGAACAAGUCUCUUCUCAUGGCAUCCUGUCUGCAUGUCACUUGGGGUAAGUUUUUAUACAUUCAAAUACACAAAAUAUUAUACAAUGUGUCAUUUUAAGUCAUAG